GAUAACCUUGUCACCUCCAUCUCCUUAUCUCGGAAUGAACGCCUGCUUGCAAGUGGAUCGCUCGAUAAAACAGCGCGUUUAUGGAAUCUCGACACCAACCUCCCAAUUGGACCACCCCUCUAUCAUGAAGAUGAUGUAGAAUGUGUAGCCCUUUCCGCUGAUGGAAAGCUGCUAGUCACUGGUUGCCAAAAAGGCAAUGCAUACACAUGGGACAUUCACGCCAUCCUCAAAGAAGCUGGCCUUGAAGACCUCCUCCAACCUUUAUCUAAUGUCCCAGCGCAGAAAUCGUUGAUGAACAGCAAUGCUGCACGACGUCCACCCAUUCAGGCCCGUCGAAUACAGCCAGCCUUUUUUGAUGGCGUGCAAAGUGGCGCCCAGUCCUCCACAGCACGCGGUACUCAUCGUUCUCUCGCAAACAACCCUCGCACAUCCCUUCUUGAACACUUUUCGUCCCUCUUCCACUACUCUCACCGCAACACCAAUGAUGCAACUGAACUCCGGCAACGUCCAAGGCGAUCCAUCUUCUUUCGUGGUCCUCCUAUUGUCGAAGUUCCUCUAGUAAAGGACAGAGAGGUCAUAUUUACUGCUCCGCCGCCGCCACAAAAAGCACAGCAGCAAACCCAGUCACACGCCCAAGGUUCGUCCACGAUACAGCCUGCUCCAGGUACCAGUCCUACUACACCACCUGCAAAACACACGCAUUCACUACCCGUCCGUUUGUUGGCUCAUCUUGUGCUUUUUCUCUGCUGCGCAUCUCCUCAACACGCCAAUGCCAAUGCCCAAUCAACACAGCAGCAAGGCCAAUCACAAUGUCAAGCCCAGGUCCAUGCAUCACCGCAGACUCAGCUUGCCGCCCCUUUGACACCCACAACACCUACUGCUC